GUUGUUCUUCCUUACCGGUCUGUUAUUGUUGUCAUGCUCUGUCUUGCUUCGAUUUCUUUAGUCGAUUUGGCUUAAUUCAAAGAUUCCUUGGUUACCUACGGGGAUGUGUAUAUAGUGUGGAUUAGCAUCACAGCAUUUUCAGUUUUUUAUUUUUUUUGUUGGACAAAUGAGAUGAUAAUUUAUAAGAACAUUUUGACUCCGAUGGGCGCUUGGAGCGCGGAACAAAGUACUUGGUUCAUAUCUCCCUAUCGUAAGGAUAUCGUUAACUUAUCGAAAAGAAACAAGAAGACCAAAUGGCCAAACCACCAUCAGUUCUAAAUUCUGAAUGUGAUAACAGAGAAGGGGGAGAAUUACAACACACAAGCAGACCCACUCGGCAUCGUCCCCUCAGAGAAGGAGCCCCCACCUCCCUUUCCAGCCCUUCUCAAGGUAAUCAUUCAGAUGAGGAGAGUUCCUCAGCCAGCACACCCUGGGGUCCUGGCAUAUCACCAUAUAGCCCCAGUUCAUUUGCUAACAGAUCACCGAUUUGCAUGCUGGUAAGAAGAUCGUCUCUCUUCUCUAGAAACUCUAGUGGUUAUUUCUCAUUCGAUGUGGACAGAAGUCCUGCUCCUUUGAGUUGUGAUAAAGCCACACAGACGCCAAGCCCACCUUGCCAGGCUGUACAACAUCUCUUAAGUGCAAUGGCUGCCAGAAAUCUUGUUGAGCCUUAUAACAUGAGACCAGAGAUGUGGAUUGCGCAUGAACUGCGCAGGAUUGGGGAUGAAUUCAAUGCUUCCUACAGUCGAAGAAGGAGAUUCAUGGACAAUCCUCGUAGACUAUUACGGAUGCUACAUUACAUUUGCCGCCUCAUUUGGGGAUUGCAUUGAUUGCUAAGUGAUGGAUUGUGGCCUAUGAAGGAGAAUUUUCCUAACUGAAGGAGUAAAGCACAGUGUCAUCAGCACAAGUUCAAUAACUAUGCAAAUUAUAUCUUUCUGCACAUUUAUUCUGGAAUUCACAGGGAAUACAUCUCUGACAAACUUGACUCAUUUUUAAAAGAUGCAUCAGGGAAUUUGAUACCAUGAAGAACUUUAAAAGGAAUUCAAGAUAUAUUGAGAAAGAAGGUAUUCACCUCUUUGGACCAUGUUAACAUUGUCUUCCGUAUUGAAAAUAUGUAAACUUUUCCAAACUGAUCCAGGUGAUCCACAUGACUGCCUUGCCUGUACUAAACAUGUAGUACACUACGCAGGCAAUAUGUUUUAUGCCACUUUUUUACAUAAGCAGCGUGUGGCAACCACUUUAUAAGUACUUAUUUCACUCCAUGUGGGCCUUAUGACUUUUACCUGGAAUCUGAUGACUUUGUGCUGUAGACUACUGGAAAAGGACUUGAUAAUCUUCCACAAACCCAUGUGAUAUGCAAUAUCGACUUGAUACAUUAUUAUAAUGUAAGAUUUGCCAGAUAUUUGAAGUAUUUUUCACGCUGUUAAAUGCCUUGCGGACUUGCCUGUUUCCUAGAAAUCCAUCAAUCUUAUGUUCCAGUGAAAAAAAGCCUUUCAUGCUAGUUAGCUUUUUGUGGUAGUCCCUUUUGUAUGAUUUUACUCCAUCCCUCACAGGUACGACACCAGAUUAAUUUGCCCUUAUCUUUAUAAGGUUGUAUAAAAGGGACCACUGUUUACAGGACCAACAAUUAUUUGGGGGGCACAAGUUUAAUGAACGGUAGCAAUACAUUUUUGGGUUACAAAAUUGU